AUGCGUGUGCUGGAGUUGUACUCAGGAAUUGGUGGAAUGCAUUGUGCCUUCAAAAGUUAACAUUUCUGUAGUGUCUCAACUAGACUUUCAGGUGGUUGCGGCAAUUGAUAUCAAUGACACAGCCAAUCGCGUCUACCGCGCCAACUUUUCACACACCCACGCCCCCAACAGGGUAUUGGAAAGUUUAUCAAUAGAGGAGGUGACAUCAUUCACUGCCGACAUGUGGAGUAUGAGCCCUCCUUGUCAACCCUUCACGCGCCUUGGUAAUCAGAAGUAUGAAGAGGACAACCGAAGUACUUCUUUCUUCUACGUCCUCGGUCUCAUUGCUGCGAUCCGACCGAAAUUCAUCUUGCUAGAAAACGUCAAGGGGUUCGAGCAUACAGAACCGUGGCGCCAGUUCUUAAAAGUGUUACACAAUUGCGGAUAUCGGUAUCAGCAAUUUCUGCUCACCCCGUUACAAUUCGGUGUUCCCAAUUGCCGUUUGCGAUAUUACUUGGUGGCGAGCUCUUCCUCAGACAGUGCUUCUUCUGGAUUGUUCGCACCACACGUACACGACUCGAGCCACGCCAACACCAUUCAUAUCGUUCCCCCAGCGGACCUACCUCCACUUCCCGGUUGCGAGUGCCCUGUUUGUCUCGGUCAUGUGAAUCAUAUAACCAAACCGGACGAGAACUUCGACGAGUACCUACCGUACUGCCGACCGAUUUCAGACUACCUUACUCAACACCAACAACACUCAAACUUAGACUUUUUGGACGAUAGCUGCUUGAGACGAUAUUUUCACGUCCUGGACAUUGUUCGUCCUUGUGAUCAUAAGUCCCGUUGUUUCACAAAAGGCUACCAAAAACGGAUUGAAGGCACGGGCUCUGUCCUACAGACUGCGACAGACCCUCUGACAGGUGAAGAAAUCAACGCCCAAUGGAUAACUGCCCGAAGUGACCCAGAAACUCAGAUGUCCCUUGCAAAACGCUUGCAGUUACGCUUUUUCCACUCUCGCGAAGUGGCAAACCUCUUAUGUUUUCCCCAGACUUAUACUUUUCCAGAAGACGUCACCGAAAAGCAGCGCAUCCGCCUCCUAGGCAAUAGUGUUAACGUCCUAGUCGUGGCCCACCUAAUUCACUGGGCGUUCGGCGGUUUCUCUGCGCAAAAGACUGACUGACUUCUACCAGCAAUUCUUUUGUGAAUAAAUUGUGAAUACACAGCAAAUGUAUUCUACUGGAUGGGAAUCAGGGGUGUGAUUUUGUUAAUGGUUCUUGCAUAAAACACAAAACAACACUUUGGCUCAAUAAUGUAGACAGAUUAGAAAAUUCCGUGUCAGUUUGAAAAUUACAUUGCAAAAAUGGCGAAAUGGCUGUUGCUGUCACCGAGAUUACGGCAGUAUGCAUGCGGUUUCACCUGUUCAUUUAUGAAUGGUUAUUUGAGACCUGAUCCAGACCAAAGUGACCAUGUUUUCUGUUCAGUGCACGAAUCAUGCCUUGUGGUUCGGUUACGCGCAAGCCCAUUGGCCGUUCGGUUCUCCGAAUUCGAGUGUUAUACCGUUGAAUGCCUUGUCUAUGAUACGGUUUCUCACCGUCCGACUGUUUUCCGUCAGCCUUCCAUUUAGUAACCUGGGUGAGAUGAGUCGGUUCACUUAGUUUACUACAGUUGCGUUUUGUAGUGUGUGGUUACCGCGAUGCUCCUCGUAGUAUGAGGUAUGUUGCUAAACUCGCUGACUUUGUUGACGUGGACAUCACGAUGAUGAGGUAACAACUUCUUUUAAGGUCCAACCUAGGCCUUCUGCUAAUGCUUUCCUCUUGAUUAGUUCAGCCUGUUUUGGGUGCAUAGAUGUUUGAUGAUCCCCAAUUUGGCCCCGGCGCAUAAACUUCGUAUAAGGAGUCCAUAGCCCGAGCUCCUGUAGCCAUGAAAAGUUUGUACUUGGGUUUUUGGACAUUGAUUCGAAGGAACAGUGUUGAACGACUUGAGUAACUUCAGAGUCUGUCAACUUCCGCGCUGGAGGUGUUGGAUUUGGAUUUUUUGUUUGAUGCAAAAAUUCUUCGAUUUUUCUGACAGUUUUCAUCGGGUCGCACUUCAAUUCCUCAUAGCGGACAAUAAGAACUCUGGGCGAAACUUUUGCGGAUCUUGUUGCAGCUGCCAUUAGGUAUCCUUUGACAUGCUCCGUCCACGGACUAUAUGGUAGUUUGUCCUGCAGAAAUCGCUCAACAAAACCCUGAAGUCCUUCCUUGUUGCGGUAACCAGCAGGGAUGAAACACCGGGCGAAAUGGUAAUAAGAUACAGCCACGUCACGCGGGUCACGUACAAUGUAGAUCAGACGAGCGGCCUUCC